CUCCUGCAUCCAGCAGCUCCAGCGUCAGGAGGCUGCAGCUUCCUCCUCGUCUGGAUCUCCUCUCUGCUCCCCCCGGGCAGGAAAGCGAGUGAGAAUAACAGGAAAAGGGAGUCGGCUUGGAGCUGCCGGACAGCCCAGCUCCACAUUUCUGUGUGCCGGAGGAACGGAGCGCAGCAGAGGCUCUGAACCUGUUGGAUUCAACACAUCUGGAGCUGAGAGCUGCACAUCUGGAGCAGCUGGAGUCCAGUUUCUGUCCAGGAAAGGAUUUAGUUGUGAGGAGGAAUCACCUGCUGGACCAGGAAACCUCCAGGAUCUGCUUUGAUUUUCACACCAGAGCUUCAGCGGACCUUCUGCCUGAGAUGAUGCCCCGGAUCCAGCUGUGGCUGCUGGCCGUCGCUCUCAUGGUGGAGGCGGCCGCCAUCGUGAAGAAGGAGAGCCACCCGGUGCUGGUCCGGCAGAAGAGGGAGUGGAUCUGGAACUCUCUGUACGUGGAGGAGGAGAAGCCGGCGCCCAUCCCCUACAAGAUCGGACAGCUGAAGUCCAGCAAGACGGUGGAGGUGAAGAGGUUCAAGAUCGAGGGCGAAGGAGCCAACAGCAUCUUCACGGUGGACCAUAAGGGAGACCUGUUCGUCACCACGUCUCUGGACCGCGAGGAGAAGAGCUUGUACCACCUGACGGCCCGGAUGUUCGACGGAAACAACAAGCUGAUCGAAGACUACGGAGACUUCGUGGUCCAGGUGACCGACAUCAACGACAACCUGCCGGUGUUCCCCAGAACCUACAACGGCUCCAUCAUGGAGAGGUCCAGCAUCGGAACUAAAGUGGUGGAGGUGAGAGCGACCGAUGCUGAUGAUCCGACCACCGCUAACGGGGAGCUGCGCUACUCCCUGACCCAGGAUGGAGACGUCUCGGCCUUCCAGAUCGACAGCAUCACAGGUAUGAUCAGCUGCAGGAUCAGCUCUCUGGACCGCGAGCGCCGGGGUCAGUACGUGGUGGUGGUCAGAGCUCAGGACAUGAGGGGGAUGUCUUCAGGCAGCACGGCCACCACCUCUGUCAGCAUCAGCGUCACCGACACCAACGACAACAUGGCCUCCUUCACCAGGAAGACCUUCGAGCUGCAGGUUCCUGAAGACCACAAGGUCAACGAGAAGAUGGGAACCCUGCUGCUGGAGGACCAAGACCAGAUCCAGAACAAGGAGCCCAUCUUCUCCAUCAAUGGAGACAGCAGCAAGAUGUUCAGCCUGGAGCUCAGCCCCACCAAGGAUGGGAACCUGCUGCUGAGACAGCCUCUGGACUUUGAGACGACCAGCAGCUACAGUUUUACCGUCCAGGUCCGAGAAAACCUGAGAAACCUUCGAUUUCCUGCCGACAACGUGAACAGCGCCGUGACCUCAGCACAGGUGAAUAUUAAGGUGCUGGAUGUAGACGAGCCUCCAGUCUUCUCUCAGCCCAUCUACACCUUCACCGUGAUGGAGGAGAUGAACGUCAACAACAUCGGGACCAUCUCAGCCAGAGAUCCAGACAAAGCUGCCAAAAGCAUCCGGUACUCCAUCCUGGACAAGGACUGUCCCAUCUCCAUCAACCCUCUGACCGGCCAGCUGUCCACCCUGAGGAGGCUCGACCGAGAGCUGGAGGCCACGCACAUGUUCCAGGUCAAAGCCCAGGAGGAGCCCAGCGGUCUGGAGUCCUUCGUCAAAGUCAACAUCAUCGUUCAGGACGUGAACGACAACCAGCCGGAGCUUUCUGUGGACGAGAUCUUUGUCUGUGAGAACGACGCCACCAACACGGUCAUCGGGACUCUCCGGGCCUCAGAUAAAGACGACCGUCCAGCUUCCUUCUCCUUCGCUUUGGCCUCAGAAAGUUCAAACUUCUCCAUCAGAGACUUUGGCAAUGGCUCGGCAGAUGUCUUGGUCAAACAGGGUCCGUUCAGUCUGGAUGACCCCAAAGACUACAGCGUGGACGUACGUAUCAGCGAUGGAGGACAGCCAAUCCAGACCAGCGUUACCAAACUGGUCAUAAAGUCGUGUCGCUGUGAUGCCGGAAGGAUUGCUGUUCAGUGUAAAGCUGGAGCUCGGAGGAUGGGAGUCAGUGUCCACGCUCUGAUCGCCAUCCUGCUCUGCAUCCUCACCAUCCUGGUGAUCGUGAUCCUGUUUGUGAUGAGGAAGCGCUACCAGAAGGACUCUUUAUCCAACAUGAAGAACAGCGGAGAGAUCCAUGAACAGCUGGUGACGUACGACGAGGAGGGAGGCGGCGAGAUGGACACCAACGGCUACGAUGUUUCCAUCCUCAGCUCGGCCUGCAACGACGGCUCUCUGCUGCGCCACCAGAACCAGAACCAGAGGCUGUACGCCCUGGUCCAGAAGCCCAGCCAGCAGCCGGCCUGUAAGGGCGACAUGGCCGCCAUGAUCGAGGUGAAGAAGGACGAGGCGGACCACGACCGGGACGGCUUCCCCUACGACACGCUGCACAUCUACGGCUACGAGGGCCCCGAGUCCCUGGCCGGGUCCCUCAGCUCCCUGGACGGAUCCUCCACCGCCUCCAACCUGGACUACGACUUCCUCAGCGACUGGGGCCCCAGGUUCAGGAGUCUGGCCGAGCUGUACGGGGCCGACGAGGGGCCCGACUUCUGCCAGGAGGAGGGGCCCCACUUCUACCAGCAGUACUGACCGGGAGGAGCCGCUUUUUACCGUUAGGUAGAGGUCACAGCCAGAGGGAGCUCCAUGGCAACCUCCCAGCCAAUCAGACGGCUUCCUCUCUCCCUCCCAGCCAAUCAGACGGCUUCCUCCUUCGCUCCCAGCCAAUCAGACGGCUUCCUCCUUCCCUCCCAGCCAAUCAGACGGCUUCCUCCUUCGCUCCCAGCCAAUCAGACGGCUUCCUCCUUCCCUCCCAGCCAAUCAGACGGCUUUCUCUCUCCAAUCUCAUUAUUUUCCAGCUGUGACUGUUUUUGAAACCAAACCAGGUAAAAGUUUAUCUCAGCCUCUGAACUCCAGCAGUUUAUUUACUUCUGUCUCUUUCUUCCUCACUGUGGCUCAUUUUUUCAACGGAAACAAAAAAAAAUCAACAUUUUUCCAAACUUUGCUGUAGAUAUUUAGUCGUUUUCUGCUGUUCAGCUGAAACUCUCUGAAUUUUCCUCCCCUGACCAUCGGUCACACCUCAGUCACUGAAGGCUUCACGGAUGCACAAAGAAGCUCAAAAUUUUUUGUUUUUCACAGAUUCUGGGUUGAGUAAACAGUUUGUUUACUGUGAAUUUUUAUAUGAGACACGUAGAAUAUCUACCAGAAAAAAAUGGGACUAUUUUAUGAAAGACAUUUCCAGUUUGUUCCAUGUUUGCUUCACUUCCUGCAGUUCAGCUGAAAACUGGAUGAAUUUUUGUUCCUUGGCUGUUGGUCAUGGCUGACUCAGUCGUUGUUUCACAAAUGCACAAAGAAGCUCAGAUUUUUUCCAUUUUUUAAAAAUCUGGAUUGAGCAAACGCUUUAUUUUUGGUGAUUUUUUAAAAAUCAGAAAUGUGUAGAAUAAACAGGUUUUGAAGAAAUAUCACAGUUAGAAGUUCAAAUUUGUUUAAAAAAUGUGGAAUCAGCUCACACAGCACUGGAAAUAAAUAUCUCUAAAAACCUACAUACUAUAGAUAUUUAAUCAUCUUUAUUUCUGUACUUGCUUCUCUUACACCGCCUGCAGUUCAGCCUAACGCUCCCUGAAUUCUCUCCACCUGACUGUUGGUCACGGCUGACUCCGUCGUGGUUUUAAGGUUGUGUCGAGGAUCAUAGAAGUUUUGUUUUUUUACAGAUUCUGGUUUGAGUAAAUUUUUUAUUUUCUGUGAAUUUUCUAUAUGAGACACAUCGAAUAUCUACCGGAAAAAAUGUGAAUUUGUUCCAUCCGUGCUUCCGUACGUACACUUCCUGCAGUUCAGCUGAAAACUCUGAAUUUUGGUCCCCUGGCCGUCGGUCACACCUCGGUCAGUGAAGGCUUCAUAGAUGCACAAAGAAGCUCAGAAUUUCUGUUUUUUCACACAAUCUGGAAGCAGAAAACAGAAGAUUUUUGGUGACUUUGAAGAAAAAUCUGUAUUUUUAUCCUGGAUUUGCUUCAUUUUCUCUGAUCAGCUGAAGAUAAAGACACGAUGAGUUUGAGGACUGUUGGAAAUCUGAAGCUUCUGUCUCUUUCUACAGUUUGAUAAACGCUCUGGUGAUUUUUUUUUUUGUGUUUUUGGGGUUCAGACUCAGUAAGACAUUUAAGUCCUUAAAUAUGAAACUCGACUCAGACCUGAGAUCUGAACAUAAACCGUUUCAUUAUUUGUUUUAUUUUGAUGUUUGUGUUCUUGAGUCCUGCUGCUGAAAGCUGCGACUGAAAGCAGGUUCUGAUUGAUGUGGUCCAGCUCUGACGUGGUGUUUUCUGGUUUCUCUGAGGGUUUCUGAUGUUUCAUUUCUCCAGCUCCAGUCCAGACGUCAGAUCAACACUUUGACCAGAAAAACCUCCCAUAAGAAGCUUCACUUCAAAAUGAAACCAUUCCACCUUAAAUCUAGGAACCUUCUGCUCUGAUUUAUUGGAAACUCUUUUAUCACAAACGAUGAAUAUUUAAAAUGAGAUCUGUGGAACUUUAGCUUCAUAAACCAUAAUUUAUUCAACAACAUCUCAGGAACUAUUAAAGAUAAAAGCCUGAAAGUUUCUCUCUUAUUUAUCAUCAGGUCACUGAUUAAAGAAUCUGGAAUACAGAAGUCAACCAAAAGCCAAGAAAGGCCAAAAAGUAUGAGAAAUUGAAUAAAUCGACCAAAAGUUUAUAAAAAUCAACCAAAAGACGACAUAAAUUGAAUAAAAUGUGACGUAAAACUACCAAAAUCAACCAAAAAGUGACAUAAAUUCAAGAAAUUUACCAAUUUUUAAAAUAAAUCUACCAAAAGGUGACAUAAAUUGAAUAAAACCGACAAAAAUUGACAAAAAACUGUCAUAAGUUUAAUGAAUCAACCAAAUUUUUAUAUAAAUCAACCCAAAUAUGACAUAUAUUGAAUAAAAUGUGUCAUUAAAUUACCAAAAUCAACCAAAAAGCGACAUAAAUUCAAUAAAACAUGGCAUAAAUUGACCAAAGUUUCCCAUAAAUCGACCAAAAUGUUCUGUAAAUUACCAAAAAGCGACAUACAUUCAGUCAAAUGUGACAUAAUUCUGCCAAAAUUUUACAUAAAUUGAAUAAAACUUGACAUAAAUUGAUCAAAGUGUCCCAGAUAUCUUCCUAAACGUCUGUUUUUGAAGCUCUAAAGGUUUAAAUGCUGUGGAUAUUUCUGAGCUCAGUGUUGGUUUCUCCUGACAGGAAACAGAAUUAGUCAGUUCCAGUUUUAUUGGACAGAAACUUCGUCACGUCGUUGUGGAGACGAAGGUUGAACUCGUUGAGACGCUCAGGAAGCUCCGAUGGCUUUGACCUCCUUUAGCCUCCCAUCCUCUGAGCUUUAGAGUCUCUCUGUCCAGGAAACCGACUCUCUGCUCGUCUCCAACGCCUCACAGUUCAGAGUUUUAGCAGGAAAACAAACCAGGAAUCAGUUCAGGAACAUCAGAGAACAUUUCAGAAGCUGGAACCAGUCAGUUAGCAGAUAAACAAUCUGUUCUGGGUUUUAUGUCUUCAUCAGAACCACUUCAUUCUACUUAUUGUUUUUUGUUUUUGUUAAAUCCAACCAGAUUCUGUAAAAAGUCAAAUAUUUCCUAGUUGGAUUAGGUUCAUUUUGUCGUUCAUUACUAUACGAUAGCGUUGCUUAUUAAAACCGACAAUUCAGUAAAGAAAAGUUGUUUUACCUUCGCUGACGUGUUUGGACAGCUUCUGUCGUCUUCCUCAGAUCGUCAUCUGAUGUUUGCUGACAAAUAAGCACAAACGAUGGAUCAAGGAGGCCAUCGAAAUCAGGAAGCUGCUCCAUGAACCGGGACGAGGAGGCCUACAUCCUCUAAUACCUGGACUCCAUCCUGCAGAGACCACCGGACAGCAGGAGGCGUGGUCGCUUUGACAGAUUCUAACAGAUUCUGACAGAUUCUGACAGAUCUGUCAAACCGACCACGUGAUAAAAAGGACACGUCACCAAACGUCAGAUGAAGAUCUGAAGAAGACGGCAGAGUCUGUAGAAACUUGUCAGCAAGGUAACACAACUUUACUGAAUUGCCGGUUCAAAUGAGCAACACUGUCGUCAAAUAUUUUCUGUUUUUUGGUUCAAUGAUGAAGGAAUCAAAACCUCUGCCUUUUCAUCUGGACUCAGUUUGUAGAUUUUACUAACGGAUAAAACGCGCUGUCUCCAUAUAUUACAGAUAUUGAACUAUCUGUAUUUUUUAAUUAUUUCACACCAUGAAUUGAUGAAAAUAAGACAAUAACUAAGCACAUUAUGACAUAAACUCACCAACAUGUGACAGAAAUCCCCUAAAAUGUCAAAUACAUCAACCAAAACCCAAAACAGGAUGUGAAUCUAACUAAAAUUCAAUAAAACAUGGAAUAAAUUGAUCAAAAUUUUAUGUAAGUCGAGCAAAAAGUGACAUAAAUUAAAUUAAAUGAGAUGUACAUUGAGCAAAAGUUUACAUAAAUCAACCAAAAUUUUAUGUAAAUGGAAUAAAACAAGACAUAAAUUGAGCAGAAUUUUACAUAAAUCAAUCAAAAAAAUGACACAAAUUCAAUAAAAGGUGAUGUAAAUUCACCACAAUUUUACGGAAAUCGACCAAAUUUUGUAUAUAAAUCAACCAAAGGCAACAUAAAUAAAAUGGGAUGCGUAACUACCAAAAUCAACCCAAAAGUAGCAUAAAUUGAAAAAAUUUACCUAAAUUUUGAUGUAAAUUGACCAAAAAGUGACAUAAAUUCAAUAAAAUGUGACGUACAUGCACCAAAAUUUUAUUUAAAUUGAAUUUAAAAUGACGUAAUUUGAGCAAAAUUUUACUGAUAUCAACCAGAAAGUGUCAUAACUUGAACGAAAUGUGAUGUAAGUCGACCAAAAUUUAACAUAAAUCAACUAAAAGAAGAAAUAAAUGUAAUUAAAAUGUGACAUAAGACCAUGUAAAUGAACCAAAAAGUGACAGAAAAACAUGACGUACAUCAACCACAGUUUUACGUAAAUCAAGCAAAAAGUGACAUAAACUGAAUAAAACAUAAAUUGACCAAAUUUUUACGUAAGUCGACCAAAAGAUGCUUUUUUCACCUGAAACUGGUUUAAAAUUUGAUUUAAUUCAACACCAAAGUGAAGCUGAAAGAAACAAAGACGUUGUAGCUGCAACAAUUGAUCAAGGACUGAACAAAUCUUUAAUGGAUCAGUUUGACUUUUAGUAAAACAGAUUCUAGAUUCUCUGGUUCCGGCUUCAGAAAUGGGACUUUUUUCUGUCAGUAAACUGAAUAUUUAUUGCAGUUUUCUCAACUAAAACGCUGUUUCUUUGGUCAUAAAGUCUUUGUAAACCGUUGUCUUUGGACGUUUUACGUCUAAAACUCUUUCAGUCAAAAACUCUUCCUGCUGUUUAUUCUGUUGAGUUUUGAAGUUUUAAAACUCUGAUUCUUCGGUCUUGAACUCUUCCUAAAUCGUCCCGCUGUUUAUUCUGUUGAGUUUGGACUCGACUCUCUGGAACUUCAUGAGAUAAACGUCGGGAACAAAAGCAGGAAGCUCUCAGCGUUUUCCUGUUUGCCACCGAAUCUCCUGGUCGGCUUUAAUCAGCGACUCCACUUCCUGUCCAUCUGUCGGUGCUGGCCCCGCCCCUUCCUGUCAACAUUGUGCUCACUUCCUGUUUGAACGGCGAGUCGAACAAUGAGCUGCUGAGGUUUAAAGCUGGAAGCUGGAAGCUCAGAGAAACUUUAAAGUUCAGGUUUCCUUCAGGCGUCAGAAAAAUAAAAUGAUAUCUUCUCCAUGCUUUUCACCAUUUUCUGACAUUUUAUUCAUCCAGAAACAUAAAUCGACCAAAACGUGAAGUAAAUUAAACAAAAUGGAAAAUAAAUAGACCAAAAAGUGACAAAUCAACUGAAAAUGAUGUAAGUUAACCAAAAAAUGUAAUAAAAUGUGAUGCAAAUUGACCAAGAUUUUAUAUAAAUCUAUCAAAAAAUGACAUAAUUUGAAUAAAAUGCGAUGUAAAAACAACCAAAUUUCAUGCUAAUUGAGCAAAAUUUUACGGAAAUCAACCAAAAUGUGACAUAAAUUGAACAAGAUUUUAUAUAAAUCUGUCAAAAAGGGACAGCAAUUGAAUAAUUUGACCAAAAUUUACAGAAAUCAACCAAAAAGUGACAGAAUUUGAAUAAAUUGACUAAAUUUUUAUGAUAAUCGACUGAAAUGUGACAUAAAUUUCAUAAAUUCAAGAAGAUUUGACAUAAAUCGGCCAAAAAGGGACAGAAAAUGAAUAAAAAUGAUUGGAAAACUAUGAAAAUUUUACAGAAAUCAGCAAGAAGUGGCAUAAAUUGAACAAAUUUUUAAGAAAAUGACCAUAAAAUGAGUUGAAUAUUUAAACGAAAUGCAUUAUUUUGUGCUUUUGAGCUCAGUUUUCUGGACUUUGUUGUAUUUUCUGUGACUUCUGUCUGAGAUAAAAGGAGUUUUGGGCUUCAGAGGGUUAACAGAAGAUGAAUGAAAUCUUCCUGAAACAUGAGAUUUGUUUCCAUAUUUGUUCCAUAAUGAAGCUUCUUUUUCUGAUUGGAUGUUUCUCUGGAAUCAGCAGAACAAACCUCUCAGGGUGGGUCUGGUUAAAAAAGAACAUUUCAGUCAUUUCAUCGUGUUUUCAUGUUUUUAUUUGUUAAAAUGUGCCUCAUAGUGUUUUUAUUUCCUCAUUUAUGAUGAUUUCUGCCUAAAUUUCUGUAUUUAAAGGGUUGAAAACUUGAAACUAAAGAAGCAGAAGCAGAAAAGCAGGUUUUGAUGGAUUUGAUGCAUGAAUGAGUGGAUCGUGUCGUUUCUUUGUGAUUAUUUCCUGUUUCUGGUGUAAAUACGGUGGAGCUGGAGCAUCACGUGCCUUUAUUCUGAAAGAACUCAAGUGUCAGACUGAUUUUCUAUCUGUUUUUAUGAUGUACAAUGAAACUACUUUUUAUUACGACAUUUUUCUAAGUGUAGAAUUAAAAUAAAGUCUUAAACAUC